AUAAAAAAGCAUUCUGUAAAAAUUCAAGAGUCUACCAUUAAAGACAUUGGAAGUAACUUGAAAACUUUUACAGAAUUCUUACAAAAUCAUAUCACACACCUUAUGUCAGUCACAUUUUUACAAAGAUGACAGGACCUUUAUGAGAUUAAAAUUUUAAAAUACUAUGAACUAUGAUGAGUACUCAUUGAUGAAAAAUUCGCAUUAUAUUAGACUAAUAUUAUUCAUAUCGAUUGGAUUUUGGGAUAUUGAAAGACAGGGCGUCAAACUGUUUAUCUGACAGACAGUAUUGAAACUUUUCAAUUUCAAUGAAAAAUUCCAUGUAACAAUUGGAUUCAUAAAUUCCUGGAUUAAAAUCAGUCUAAAUUUUAAAAAAAUGUCUGCGCCUAUAAAAUUCUACCUAUUGAUGAUUAUUACUAUUCAUCUCAACACUGGAUUAACUAUUGAUUCAAAUGAUUUGAAUUACGCUGCUAACUUUACAAAACCAAAAAUAAUCCAUUCACCUUCAGAUGUAUUUUCAACAGACGGAGUGCUAGAAUUCACCUGUCAAGCCAGUGGAUAUCCAAAACCUCAAGUAGUAUGGUAUGAUGCAGAUACAGGACAGCAAGUUAUUGAUCGUGUACCAAGUAGUGGAACAACCUCGGGUAUACAUGUUAACCAACAUUAUGGUAAGCUUUUAAUCUCAAGUCCUGAAAGAGGUAAAUUAUAUUCCUUCUACUGUAAUGCAUCGAAUUCAGCUGGAUGGGUGAUUAGUCAACCACCAGUUCGAGGCGGAUCUGCAUACAUCAGCUCACAAUUCCAACAAAUACCUGUAGACAAAACUGUUCAUGAAGGUGAUCGGGUUAUAAUGGAGUGUUCUCCUCCACUGGGUAUACCUGAAGUAAAAGUCUAUUGGUUAAAGAAUAAACACUUACUUGCUGCUCAAAGUGGUGUACAGCCUAAAAAUAACUACUCUGUGAUAACUGAUACGAAUUCAAACAUUGAAAUAUCACCUGAUGGAAGCUUGCGGAUUUCUUCUGUUACAAUUCGUGAUUCAGGGACAUACACUUGUGUGGCAUCUAAUCUAGCCGGUGAACAAGUCUCUCCUUCCGCUUACCUGUUGGUUAAGACUAGAACACGUUUUCUUGAAACUCCAGUUGAUGUAAGAGUUAAGAAAGGACGUGAUGUAAAGUUGAGAUGCAGAGUUGAAGGAAAUCAGGUAGUCAAAUGGAAAAGAGGUCAUGGAGAAGAUCCAAUAGAUCCGAAUAGAGCUGAAUUGACAGAAAGUUAUCUGCUUAUUAAGAAUAUCCAAGUUUCAGAUGCUGGUACGUAUAUUUGCACAGCGCCUGGUGGUGUUGAAGCUGAUGCUAUAGUAACAGUCGAUUCACCGCCUGCAUUCUCCGUUACUCCAGAUGACUUAACUGUUAACGAAGGAGAGAUAGCUGUUUUUCAUUGUGUUGCUACAGGCCAUCCAAUGCCAGCAAUUUACUGGGAGCUUCCAGAUAAAACUCCUAUCUUUCCUGGUGAUCAAACAGUACACGGAUUUCAUAAUGGUAAGCAUUACCUAACCCCUGAUGGAACGUUAGAAGUCAGAGAUGUUAAACAAAGCGAUUCUGGAAAGUAUCAGUGCACUGCUCACUCAUCCAUUGAUACAAUCCAUACUAGUGCAGUACUUCAUGUGACCGGUUCAGUUAAGAAAAAGUCGGGUCAAUCGAAAAACACAUAUUCUUCUCCAUCUGAAAGCCAAGAAAAGCAUCAAUCUUUGUCAAACUUUUAUUGGUUAGCACCUAUAAUUGGCCUUCCACCUGCAAAUCAAACUCGAAGAGUUGGUGAUAUAGUCACUUUGCAUUGUGAAUUAGGGAUGGCAAAAGAUUUCCCAGGGUCAUUACCGCCAACUUCUCAUUAUUCUGAAUUAUCUGACUGGUCUAUCGGAUGGCAUAGAUCUACUAAAGAUGGGUCAGUAAAGGAGUACAUGGAUUCUUCUAGUUUUUCUAAUGAUCGACGUUACACGCUGCUUCCUGGAGGUAGUCUGCAGAUUAUAGAUGUGCAAGAAGAAGACUCCGGAAACUACACAUGUUUCGCCAGAGCAGUUAUUAAACCAUACACGGACGAUCAUUUAACAUCUUUCACUCUGCAGUCUAACUGGACAUCACACUUGAAUAUUGUUCCCUUAGGAGCAAUGGUUAGUAAUUCCAUAGGCAGUGAAAACCCUCUUCCCCAACCACGAAAUCUGAGAGCUACUAAUGUCACGUCAUCAACUGUCAUACUUGUCUGGGAGCCAUCAUUCCCACCAAUUCAUUCGCAAGAAUUCAGUAAAGGAUAUUCUCCUCAGAUUACAUACUGGGUGGAACUCUACAGACCUGAUCGACCAGCAGAUGGAUGGGUAGUGGUUGAACAAAAUUGGCACGCACAUACUGUCCAGCUUGGGGGCUUGCAAUCGGAUACCGCCUAUUAUUUUCUCAUUCGGCCUAGAUGGGACCAGGGGAGAGUUGGUUGGGCAAGUGCUCCUCUAGGGCCGAUUUUGACAUUGAAGGAAGAAACGAUGGUGCCAGAAUCAGGGGAAUUAUCAGACGCGGAAUAUUUUCAGUCAGUUAAAGAUAUCAAUUUACUGGGACUACAUUUAUAUCCUCUUUCAACCAAAAGAGUAAGAGUUAGUUGGUCAAUAACAGAAAUUCCGCAAGUUCUGUCGAAAGUGACCGGUUACUCUAUUUAUUCCAAAGAAGUUCCGUUAAUGCAGUGUAUUUCAACGAAGUUCGACCCUACUUAUUCGGAAACAGUUGAAGUUGCAGCAAGAAGUAAAGAUGAUAUGUACUGUAGCCUACAACCUAACAGUCCAACUGAUUCAUAUUCACUUUAUAAAAAGUUGGAGAAUAUGCAAAACCUCUAUACAAAUCAGAAUUCAACAUCAAAUUCUUGGACAGUGAAUGAUAUCAAGGCUCGUUAUCCUAAAAAUGAGAAGUACAGCGAAAUUCAACAUCCUGUUACAUAUCAAGAAUCAGGUCUUUUACGUGAUCUUGAAGCCUUUCGGUGUUAUUCAGUCAAGGUAAAAGCGUAUUCAUUGAGUUCAAUGAUGGGGAAAAUCGAGAGUAGAGAGAGUAAUUCUGUUACAGUUUUAACUUAUGAAAGUUUCCCUAGCUCACCGCCGGAAAGAAUAUUCGCUGUAUGGUUAUCUAAUACAACAAUAGAAUUAUCAUGGGAACCACCACAUGUAAAUAGCUGGAAUGGUCUGUUGACUGGCUACAUAAUUUAUGUAUAUGACGAAGAUGCAAGCAAUCAUAAAAGCUUUAAUCUGUCUUACACAGAACAAAAAACCUUAAUCAAAGGACUAACUGGUAAGACGACAUAUUUUCUACAAAUGGCAGCAGUCACUUGCAAGGGAAUCGGCGUGCGAAGUGUACCCAUUCAACUGAGACCUAAUUUACGCAAGAAAGGUUUAGGAGUUGGCUGGGGUUUUGAUUUAAAAACCGGUAAACUAUUGCAAUUCAUGAACCUUGAUCAAAAAAAUGACAACAAAUCAGAUGAUUUUAUUGGUCGACCCUGGUUUAUCGUAACAAUUAUAUGCAGCCUACUAGUAUGGUGUGCUACAGUCGCCCUGAUAACAUUUUGCUGUAGACAUCAACGCUACAGAUUUCGUAAAUCAUCGGGUAAUGUUCUUGUAACGCCUAAUUCUCAAUGUGGUCUAGUAACAGACAAUUCUAACAAUAUUUUCUCAAGUACUAACAAUCCAGGAACUGAAAAUAAAAGUUCCAAGAAUUCACAUCCAUGUAAAAAAGAUCAGGUUCAAAUGGAACCUUUAUUAAGACCAGAAUCACCAACUACUGAACACGAUAAUAGUUUUGAGUCUAUGGAAACAGGGAAAUACCCUGGAUGGCGACCGUAUCCUCCAAAUACUCAAAAUCAAAGUCAUUAUAGCAUCAAUACUACUAAUAAUCGUGACAGUGGAUCACGUGAUCCUAAGUUAGACCCAUGUAAUCCGAGUAUGCUGGCAUUAUCCGUUUCCCCAUGUACUUCAAAUGGAGCAGAUCACAUAGGAUUAUAUGCAACAGCUGAAAAUUUAACACAUAAUACAAUAAAUACAAUGAAUAGUAAUCCGAAUAUUCAAUCUAAUCGAAUGCAAACAAGCCAUUUUAUUUUUCAAGGAGCAACUCCACUUCUUCAUGUUCCUAAUGGAGGUAAUUCGCGUUCAUCCUAUUUAAACUAUCAGCAUCAUUUAAUUCCACAGUCUCAAAUAAAUGCCACUUUACCUAAUACAUAUAACAAUUUUGAGCAAUCAUUUUUACCUGCAGUACGGUUAGGCUCAUCUGGAUUGCCUUUAGUCGCACCAGUAGCUCAAAUCGACAGUCUGAAAUACAACAACAACAACAACGCCCACACUACCAGCAGUAACAACAACAUCAAUAAUAAUAAUAACAGUGAACCAAUGUUAUCUUCAAAUCGUAUCAGUGGUUUCAAUGGGCCAUCGCUGACAGUAGCACCGUAUGCAACUGCUUCGAUUAUCCAAAAUGCAGUAAAUAAUGUGAAUAAUGCACAUGCAAAGAAAAGUUGUACUUCACCGAUAUUUUAUACAUCAAACAAUGUUGUAUUUAGUGAAAAUGCUAAGUCAUCAAGUGAAUUCACUUAUGAAUUAGAAGAUGGUAUAACUCCGCCAUCUAUGACUACAUGUAAUACAACAAAUCAAAAUACUGACACUUCUAGAUAUAAUCUACAAACACAACAUUUACAGACUCCACAAAUGUUGUUGUACACAGACUAUGCAAAUGGAUGUUCUCGUAGUAAUAACAUUGUUGCUGAAGAGAAUGACGAUAUGAACUCGGAAUUUUCAUCGUCUGGUCAUAGAGAACAUGGUGAAGUUUUACAAAGACAUGAUUUUAGAAAUAAAUCAAGCUCUGCAACAUCUAGUAGUAUUAAUAAUGACGACGAUAGAUCCUACAGAUGGAAUAAGACAACAAGUGAUACUCUUUCAUCUGAUUUUAUUGCUGUUAGUAAGUUACCUACAACCGUGACAAUAGCAACAACAACACCAACAAGUUCAAACAAUUCACAGCAUGUGAAACCAAAUAACUCAAAGGCAAUUACAACGCAAUAUCAACAGCAUCAAAGUUCGCUUACACCUAAAAGUGAAACAGCUGAAACAGCUAAUAUGUAUCCUUAUGAAAAUAGGUGUAUGAUUCCUCCACCUCCGGAAUCACCUCCUCCACCAUCACCUAAGUACAGCCAUGAUGAACAGCAUACUAGUAACAAUAACAACAACUAUAACUGUUCAACAAUAGAAAACGGUGAACAUUAUGAACUGACAUCAGAGUUCUCUUCGUCCUCAUCAUCAUCUCACUCACCCUAUCCACCUAUUCUAACAUCUGGCGAAACAAAACACUCGACGCCUAAGUACACAAUAGCGAAAACAAAACACCAAGAACCUGAGCAAAACACCAAAUUUGUUAAUAGUACUACUACUACUACUUAUAAUAAUAAUAAUAUCAGUAGCAAUAUGAAAAAUUUACAUGUCAACAAUAAUUCUCAUACACACGAUCAACAUGCCUAUUAUUCGAAAUUCACUAGCAGUGAGGCAGAAGACGAAGAAGUCGAGACUGAAAGUAAUCAUCUUAAAAUUACGCAGCACGAAGAAACAAUGCCAAACUCGAAGAAUAGCUUUCACAAAUCGAAACAGCGCUUCAACUCAUCUAACCAUCAACAUUAUUCAGUAAAUCCACCAAUAUGUACGGAGAAACAAUCAGCUAUACAAAGACCAGUGAUGUUAUUAAGUGAGCAUAACUUACCGAAUUCGCCUCAAUCAUCAUUCUGUAUGUCUUUGAGCCCUGAAGAACACUCUAGUUCGACUUAUGCUCAAGUAUAUUAAAAAUUAAAAAUAAUAUUGGAAAGAAGGAUGUCUCCUAUGCUUGUGAUUAUACAUUCCAGUCUUCUAAUUAGUGUGAUAUCAUAACUAUCACUAUGAUUACUCCUAACAGUAAUAAUAAUAAUAAUGAUAACAAUUUCUUAUCCAGAUUCUCAACUUUAUUAGAAAUAAGUAAAUUCUGUUAAUUUUUGUUUUUCAAAACACUAAGGCUUCAACAAUUAGUAUCAUUAUUACCUUUGAAGUAUUUGCUUUCAAGUAUAGUAUGAUUCACUACUUGAGUUGUAAAUGUCAUAAAAUAGGAAUAACAGGUGCGCUUCUUUCUGUGAAUUACUUAUUCACAACAAAUGUAUAUUACAUCGAGCUUGUGAUUACCGCUUCAUCUCUCCUCUUUUGUUACUGUCUUCGCUAACAGUUGGCAAUCGCCUUUUGGGUUUCUGCUUCUUUACAGACGCUCUAUGCGUGGACUACAUCGGUUUCACCCUUUCAGUAUCUUGUAUUUAUUUAUGCAGCAUAUGUAAAAAUCUAAUUUCGCCAAGCUUUUCCUCACUUAUGCUUACCAAUGCAAUAUCUCUACAAUUAUCUAAUAGUUUUUAUUUCCAAUCAUCUGUUCGCCGACGGACUAGUUAGUGUGUUUGUUUAAGGAUGAUUUUUACGAUUUUGUCAACUUUGCACAGUACUGUAUUUUGUCACAACAUAAGUUGUUUUAACUGAUUUAGCUGAUUUUUGUAGGAAGGACACUCAUCCCUUCCUGUUUCAAAUACCCAGUCCUUGAAUCAUCAGUGUGAAUAUUAAUGAACGAGUGAAUGAAUGAAUGAAUCGACUACGUUAAGGAAAACAAUGGGAUUAUUCUCAUAAAACACUAUCUAUCGCCUACCUUAACAGUGGUGCAAACACACACACAAAUACACAUAGUUUAUGUUUAUGACUAUGUGCAACCAACAUCCCUAUAACAAAAAUGCAUUUUAACACUGUACAUACGACAGAAUAAUAGUAAUAAUAAUAAACGAAAAGUAUGUUUGUAUUAAUGUAAAGAAUAUGUAAAUUAGGUGGAACAGUUGUUUCACUUUUCUCUUUCCUUCUGCUUCAUAAGGCAUCGAAACGCAAUUACCCUUUUGAAUGCCAGAUGUACUAUAGUCAGAGACUGACUUCCUGUGUUAUUGUUUGCUUCUUCGCUUCGCUUCUUUUCCCUCUCUCUCUCUCUCCCAUUUCUUCAUUCUGUCUGUAAUGCAUCCUCUGCCCCUAUUCUCUCUCUCUAUCUCUUAGUGUUGUGAAGUUUUCGUUUUAUUUAGCUGUCUUCAUUUUAUCUGCUUAAUUAUUGUGUCUGCCUUUCUUGUGUAUUAGGUAAGACGGAAUUUCUCGCAUUAUCACAUUUUUCAUCUUUUGGUCGUUUUAUUAGGGGCUUAUUUCGGAAUUACACUUUUGUACACAAUUAAUAGGUGAGGUUUUCCUUUUUAUUAAAUUGUACAUUAUUUCUCUCUGUGUCAUUUAAUUACAUCUUUAUUUUCCCAUUCACUCGCCUCUUGUUGCAGUUGUUGUUGUUGUAAUAAUGCUUUACCUAAAAGUAUGUAUGUCUACAAAACGACAGAUCAGGUGAAAGUUAUUAUCAACAUUUAUAAUUUUUUGUACAGAAGAUUUCAGUUUAAUACAUGAUUUAAUAAAA